UGCGCAAGCGCGCAGCAACCCAUCUCCCUCCGCUGCCCAUAAAUCCUUGCGCGCACCCUUCCCUCGGCUUCCGUUUCCUCAAAAGACCACCCUCCAGAUCCACUAGACAGAGACCCUCUCCCUCCCCCGGGGUGGCGCCUGGCUCAGUCCGAGAGAAGAAGGCCUAGAUCCGCUGGCCUAGGUUGAAUAAUUCUGGGAGGAGAAGAUGGUGAUCAUGAAGCUGGGCUCCAAGCCGGACAUCUUCGUCCUCGAAGGCCUCACAUGGAGAUGCAUGACCGAGCUCGAGAGUGAUGUCGUCGUCGAAGUAGGAGACGUGUCCUUUUAUCUUCACAAGUUCCCGCUGCUGAGCCGGAGCGGCGUGCUGCAGCGUCUGAUCAGCGAGUACCACCCGGCGUCGGACGGCGGCAUGUGCACGCUGCAGCUGGACGACAUCCCGGGCGGCGCCAAGGCGUUCGAGCUGGCGGCGCGCUUCUGCUACGACGUCAAGAUCGAGCUCAACGCGCUCAACGUGGUGUGCCUCCGGUGCGCCGCCGAGUACCUGGGCAUGACGGACGAGUACGCGGAGGGCAACCUGAUCGCGCAGGCCGAGUCGUUCCUCGCCGACGUGCUCGCCAACUGGAAGGACUGCGUCAGGGCGCUGGAGACCUGCGAGGGCGUGCUCCCCACCGCCGAGGACCUCCACAUCGUCCCCCGCUGCAUCACCGCGCUCGCCUCCAAGGCCUGCGCCUCCGACGCCGCCGCCUGGUCCACGCACGGCGCCAAGAACGCCGCCAGCCUCGACAGGGACGCGCUCUGGAACGGCAUCGGCUCGGGCGACACGCCGCGCGCCGCCGCCUCGGCCAUGGACUGGUGGUACGAGGACGUGUCGCUCCUGAGCCUGCCCAUGUUCAAGCGGCUGAUCCAGGCCAUGGAGGCCAAGAGCAUGCGCGCCGAGAGCAUCGCCGGCGCCAUCAUGUUCUACGCGGGGCGGCUCCUCCCGGGCCUCAAGCGCAGCGCCAGCUUCAGCAACGCCAGCUUCGCGGACUACGUCGGCGGCGCCGGCAGCCGUAGCGCCACCCCGCGCUCCGCCACCGCCAGCCUCUCCGGGACGUCCGAGGGCGACCAGAGGUACUUCCUGGAGGAGAUCGUGGCGCUGGUGCCGACCAAGAAGGGCGUCACCUCCACCAAGUUCCUGCUCGGGCUGCUCCGCACGGCCAUGCUCCUCCACGCCAGCCCGCUGUGCCGGGAGAACCUGGAGCGGCGCAUCGGCGCGCAGCUGGAGGACGCCUCCCUCGACGAUCUGCUGGUGCCCAACCUCGGCUACACCGUGGAGACGCUGUACGACAUCGAUUGCGUGCAGAGGAUACUGGACUACUUCAUGUCGUCGAUGGACGGGCUGGGGACCGGGUACACGUCGCCGGCGCUGGCGGAGGAGGGCAGCCAGCUGGGGCUGCCCCAGGCCGCGACGCCGCCCGCCGUGGCUCCGAUCGCCAUGGUGGCCAAGCUCAUGGACGGGUACCUCGCGGAGGUGGCGCCGGACACCAACCUCAAGCUGCCCAAGUUCCAGGCGCUCGCCGCCGUGGUGCCCGACUACGCGCGGACCGUCGACGACGGCAUCUACCGCGCCAUGGACAUAUACCUCAAGUCGCACCCGUGGCUGUCGGAGUCGGAGCGGGAGCAGCUGUGCCGGCUGAUGAACUGCCAGAAGCUGUCGCUGGAGGCGUGCACGCACGCGGCGCAGAACGAGCGGCUGCCGCUGCGGGUGGUGGUGCAGGUGCUCUUCUUCGAGCAGCUGCGCCUCCGCACCUCCAUCGCCGGGUGGUUCUUCGUGUCGGACAACGCGGCGGCCACCGACGGCGCUCACCCGCACCACCCGAGCAACGCCGGCGCCAUCGUCCCCAAGGGCAGUGCGGUCGUGGACAGCGGCAUGGCCGGUCAGGACGACGCCGUCGCCAUGACGUGCACGCCCGAGGGGAAGGGAGGGGAGGCCAUCACGGACGUGAGGGCGCGGGUGUCGGAGCUGGAGAAGGAGUGCGUGACCAUGAAGCAGGAGAUCCGGCGGCUCGGGAAGCCCCGGAGGUCGUGGAGCAUCCUCACCAGGAAGUGCGGCUUCGGGGCCAAGGUGCAGCAGGCGCAGCCUGCCAUGAGCGGCAAAUAGAGAGAGGCGCCGCAAAAAGUACGAAAUCUCAGCUCACGCUAGAGUUAUAGAUUCGUCUCCCAUUUCACUUGUUCAAAACGGCAUAGUUCUUUCAUUCUUAAAUUAACGCUAGAUGGCUAUAUUUAACGGACUAGAUAUAUAUAGUGUAAUGCAAUAAGAUUCUUCAGCUCUGUAUGGUGCGAAAUAAACUAGUUUUAGCACUUCA